GAGUCCAGAGCUUCUCAGGGUCUAGGAUGCCAGAGAAAGGAUGGAGAGCAAUCCCCACAAAUCCUGGGGUUUUGUAUAAAGGCAACGGCUAGGAAGUAGGACAUAGCAAAACUCUGCCAACACAGUUGAGUCUGGAUACCAUCCUAAGAAUGCCCCAUUUCAAUAAUUGGAAGAGCACCCAAAUGAGCCAAAGCUUGGUGUCCCAUGACAGCAUCAGGGUUUCUCAUGAGAGGAAGAAGGAGAACAAAAAGCACGAAGACCUUCCAGAAGACCACCACUCCCCCCAUGGUCAGAUGCUACAGGACCUGGAGGGUGUCUGGAGCACUGGGAGCAAAACUAAGGAGGUGGAAGAAGAUGGAGCUGCAGAGGAAGGACCUUUACUUAGUAAAACAGAAUGGCAAAAAGGUGUGAAAGGUCUGACUGACAGCAAGGCUACAGGACGGAGUGGUGAAUUAUCCCCUCCAACAACAAAGAGCUUCCGAAUAUACGAUGCGAGUCCUCUUUCUUCUCCUAACCUGUUGCAGACGGAGAAGAUGUAUCCCCACAGAAGGGCACGUAUGACCCGUCUGCCCCAGCAAGGCCCUUUCCGGCACCUUAUGGACAUGAAGGCAGAGAAGAGAUUGGCAGGCUGGAAGGAACGCCGUAGCCGCUUUGGUGACGUCAGCAUGCACAAGUGCUAUCAGUUUGGACAGAUCUUCUCCCCUUUCCAGGCUCUGGCCACCACGGAGAUGCGAAGGCUGGUGUUGCCCCGAGACUUGCCUGUAAGUUCUCGAAUGCAGAGAAUAAACACUUCAUCCCUCAGUGACAUGAAUCUCCGGGAUUUACCCCUGUCUCCCACAGAGCUGAGCUUGGGAAAGGAUGACAGCCAUCACGAGAAAGAGAAAUCAGUGAGCCACAUGAAGACGCCUUUAUUCCCCCCGAUAGUUAAAGCAACAAAAUAUAACGACAUGAAAUAA